AUUGUGUUUGCUGAGGCCCCUCCUGGGUGGUGUGGGCUCAGCAGCUUCCUAUGAGGAAGAGGCAGUCAUUGCUCGACACUCAAGUGCAUCGGUGGAAGGGGGUGUUGCGUGGACUCCUCUCCUACUGAAUGCAAUGUGAGGCUUGGAUGGAUCAUGGUUUGCCAAGGGCUGUAGUUAUUACGUGCAUCCUUUAAUCAUCUCCUCCAAAAUGGAUUUUAGUCAGAACAAUUUAUUUGGGUACAUAGAAGACCUGCAGGAACUUACUAUUAUAGAAAGGCCGGUGCGCAGGAGUUUAAAGACACCAGAAGAAAUAGAGAGAUUGACAGUUGAUGAAGAACUCAAUGAUAUUGAAAGGGCUGUAUAUCUACUCAGUUCUGGUCAAGACAUCCAAGGAACAAGUGUGGUUGCAAAUCUUCCAGUCCUGAUGCAACAGAAUCCUGCAGAGACACUUCGGAGGGUUUUGCCAAAAAUCAGAGAAGUCCUGCAUGUUGCAGGGGUGGAAAUGCAGUUAACAGCUGCUGUUGCAUUUUUGACUAUUCAGCAAGAGGAGUCCGUGUCCAUUCAUACUUAUUCCCACUCCUUCCUACACAUCAUUCUACAGAAUCUGGAACACAGGGAUGCAGGUGUCAGUAAUGCGUGGCUAGAAACUCUUCUUGCUGUAAUAGAAGUCUUGCCAAAAGAAACCAUCAGACAUGAGAUCCUGAACCCACUUGUUUCCAAGGCACAGCUUUCCCAAACACUUCAGUCUCGCUUAGUUAGCUGUAAAAUAUUGGGAAAAUUAGCUAACAAGUUUGAAACUCAUAUCAUUAAAAGGGAAAUUCUUCCACUGGUAAAAUCGCUCUGCCAAGAUGUAGAAUAUGAAGUUCGAUCCUGCAUGUGUCGGCAACUGGAACAUAUAGCUCAAGGAAUAGGGACAGAACUAACAAAAAAUGUAGUGCUUCCUGAAUUAGUAGAACUAGCGAGAGAUGAAGGCAGCAGUGUGCGUCUUGCAGCAUUUGAGACUUUAGUUAAUCUGCUUGAAAUGUUUGAUGCAGAUGACAGAAGUCAAACUGUUCUCCCUUUAGUGAAAUCAUUCUGUGAAAAAUCCUUCAAAGUGGAUGAAUCAAUUCUUGUUUCUUUGUCUUUCCAUUUAGGGAAACUAUGUAAUGGACUAUAUGGAAUUUUUACUCCAGAGCAACACUUGAGAUUUUUGGAAUUUUACAAGAAACUUUGCACACUGGGCUUACAGCAGGAAAAUGGACACAAUGAUAAUCAGAUACAACUUCAAACCCUAGAGCAAGAAAAGAAGUAUAUAUCAGUAAGGAAGAACUGUGCUUACAACUUUCCAGCCAUGAUUGUUUUUGUGGAUCCGAAAAACUUCCAUUUGGAACUAUACUCUACAUUUUUCUGUCUUUGUCAUGACCCUGAAGUGCCAGUCAGAUACACUAUGGCUAUUGGCUUAUAUGAAGUUGCUAAGCUUUUAGAUUCGGGUGUGUAUGUAAUACAUAAAGAACUGGUAACACUACUACAGGAUGAUUCAUUGGAGGUAUUAGAUGCACUGAUAAGUCACCUUCCUGAAAUUCUUGAACUUAUGACUACUGGAGGAGAAAACAGUGGAUCAGAAAGCAAGUUAUUGACUGUCCCUGACUUGAUUCCAGCACUAACGACUGCGGAACAGAGAGCAGCAACUUCUUUAAAAUGGAGAACUCAUGAGAAGUUACUACAAAAAUAUGCAUGCCUGCCUCAUAUCAUAUCAAGUGAUCAGAUUUAUUAUCGUUUUUUGCACAGAAUGUUGACAAUCAUUAUGACAAAUAAUGUUCUCCCUGUCCAAAAAGCAGCUGCUCGAACUCUCUGUGUUUAUUUACGCUAUAAUCGCAAACAAGAACAGAGGCAUGAAGUCAUUCAGAAAUUGAUUGAACAGCUGGGCCAAGGAAAAAGUUACUGGAACAGACUUCGUUUUUUAGACACCUGUGAAUUCAUUAUGGAACUGUUUUCCAAAUCAUUCUUCUGUAAAUACUUCUUUCUACCUGUGCUUGAGCUUACCCAUGAUCCAGUAGCAAAUGUGAGAAUGAAGCUUUGCUAUUUGUUGCCAAAAGUGAAAUCUACCCUGAAGGUUCCCACGGACAAACAUUUACUUCAGCAGUUAGAGUUGUGUAUAAGAAAACUUCUGUGUCAGGAAAAAGAUAAAGAUGUCUUGACUAUUGUAAAACGAACGGUGUUAGAAUUGGACAGAAUGGAAAUCUCUGUGGAUGCUUUUCAGAAAAGGUUUUAUGAAAAUGAUUUGUUGGAUCAAGAGAAAGAAAGAGAAGAACAGCUCCUGUUGGAAAUGGAACAAUUAGAAAAAGAGAAGCAGCAGAAUGAGGGAAGGUCUACCAGUAUCAGUGAUAAAAUAUUCGAAAAGAAGCGUAGAGACAGUAAAACAUCAUCAACUUUGUCAAAAAGUAUAUCUCUUUCUGUUUCUGGAAGCUCUUCAAGUGCAUCAACAAGCAAAGAAGGGAAGAAAUCUAAGUUGGUUCGAAGCCAGUCUUUCAGUACUCAAGCACUGCAUCCAAAAUAUGGCAACAUAGACAAGUGUUCUAAUAAAAGUUCUGCAACAGGAUAUACUUCUUCUAUACCAGGAGUGGGAAAGGGUUCUAUGCUACCAUUUAGUGAUGAUUCAUUCCGGACUCGUUCCACCAAUAUUAGUGGGAAUGCUGUCUUUUCUUCCACUGCCCCCCUAGCAACUUCCUCCCGUAAUACAGCUAACUCAGUUGACCAAAAGAACAAUGGGACUAAAGACAGUCAUUCACGAAAGAUGAGCUUAAAAAACAGAAAAUCAAACUCUUAGAUCAUCUGACAGAAAAGGAAGCACACCAAAGACUGCUGGAGGCAAAGUGAUUUUGUGAUAACAAAGGUUGGAGCUACAGCUGGGGAAUCUGAUGACUGGACAGGAGAGACUUAGUGCAUCUUGCAAUGUUAAAACCUAUCUUUUAAGCAAAUUCCUAAGUUGUAAAAUAACUCCAUAUAAAUAAUGUAAUGGUUGCAGAAUUCCAAUGUUGUAGUGAAGUGUUAAUGAAAUGUAACUUUAGCUAUGUGCUUUAACUGCUGCAGCUAAAGAGAUAAGGUUUUUGUUCUUCAAUUAUGCCUUUGUAGUUCAGAUUCUUGGAUUUAGGAUGCAAGUGUCCUAUUUAAAUGUACUUAUUUAGGGUUUUAGCAGUUCCUAACAUCCAUUUGUUAUGGAAGAAAAAAAUAGCUGAAAUUGUUCUGUAUAUGGGAUUAACUGAGAAAUUAAUUUCACCUUUUAAAGACUCUUCAAACUCAAUUUAAACGAAAAUCCAGAAGUACCACUAAGAAGCUGUUUUGAAGCAUAAACUGAAAUAAGAUUGUGCUGUGAAUUGGGAUGUGGUAUCACUACAAGUACUAACUCAAGUUUAUACAAAUCCUUUACAAGUUUUCCAAAAAUGUUAAGAGCAAAUACCUCCAAACAAUAUCAGAAUUAUUUCU